CCCCAGACAGUCCCUUUUCUGGAUCAGUGCUCGCCAUCAUCUUGUGAUAACUUCUUUUUUUUGGUGGCCAGCCAUCAUCCACUGCCUCAAGAUGGGCCGUCCUUCUGUUCCGCUGUCGGCGGAUCUUCCACCCCUCAUUAUGGGAACUGCGACGUUCAACGGGCAGUAUAAUCAAGAUCCAUACGCCCUCCCUACCACAGCGCUCGUCCACCAAGCCCUAACCUCCGGAGUGCGCGCCUUCGAUACCUCCCCAUACUAUGGUCCCGCUGAGGAGUUACUCGGCCGCGCUCUUGCGACGGACUAUGUUCGCGCCAGCUUUCCACGAUACACAUACCGUAUAUUGACCAAGGUUGGCCGGAUUGCGGGAUCCUCGUUUGAUUAUUCACCUGCUUGGAUUAGACGCAGCGUCCGUCGCAGUCUGCGGAGGCUUCAUACCGACUACCUCGACGUGGUAUAUUGCCAUGAUGUGGAGUUUGUGACACCAGAGGAAGUUCUGGAAGCAGUGCGCGAACUUCGUCGCAUUCGUGACACCGAGGGAACGAUACGAUAUGUUGGAAUAUCAGGAUAUCCCGUGGACGUUCUCUGUUCUCUGGCAGAAAUGAUCUUACGCGAGACAGGAGAACCCCUCGAUGUGGUCCAGUCGUAUGCCAAUUUUACCCUGCAGAACACGAAGCUCCUAUCCGAGGGUCUACCGCGUCUACUUGCUGCUGGCGUUGACGUCGUCCCUAACGCCUCCCCGCUUGGUAUGGGUCUAUUGAGGAGGAACGGUGUGCCCAUUGGGAGCAUGGGUGAUUUCCACCCUGCCCCAGACGGUCUCCGGAGCGCGAUCCACGACGCCAGCGUCUGGGCUGAAGAACAAGGAGAGAAAAUCGAGGUGAUUGCCAUCCGUUACGCUCUCGAGUCCUGGCUCCGUGAAGGUGCUGCAGCUGGCGCUCUUGGCCCUCCACUAGCCCCCUCCCCCAAUGCAGACCCUGGCUUCUUAUCCGCUGCCAAUAUCGGCGUGGGAGAGCGCCUAGGCGUGAGUGUCAUGGGAGUGAGCAAUUUCGACGAGUUAAACGAGACCUUGCGCGUGUGGCGCAGCAUCAUUGAUGGAUUAGAAAACAAAUCCGACGAUAAUAAUGAACAAGCUCCCGCGCUCACCCCUUCAGACGGCCUCAUCACCGAUCGCGAAUGGUCUCGGAACCGCCGUCAAGUCAUCAGCACCCUCGCUGCCCAGAUCCGUUCCAUCCUCGGCCCUCAGUGGGUAGAUUAUACCUGGGCGAGCCCUGGACCGGACUUUGUCAACACUCUACCAGCUGACCAUAUUGCCGCAAUGCAAAGUGAGGAAGAAACAUCUCCGAAUGUGACGAAGGAGAAGUUGGCCGUUGCAACGGUCAAUGUGAACGAAAUCACCGACACAGAUGAAGCCAUGCUCACUCCUCCGCUUGAUGCGGCGGAUCAGAAACUUCAGCAGCCUGUCGUUCCCAAUGUCUUAUGAUUAAUAACGAUCCUCAACGACAUUUCAUUCAAAAACACUCUCAGUAUGUGCAGAAUCAAGUUCAAGCAACAGCUAGUAGAUCUCUCCCUUCGGUUCGCACUCCAUUGGAAUAAGGCACAUUCAUCCAGAUCUACUCCUCUCCGAACAGGCGCAUAUAGCG